UCACUGAGCACACAUCGCCGCGUGCAUUCGCAUCGAGCUGAACAGAUGAAAUAAUUAAUUACGAGCAGUUUAGGCGGUCCUUAUAAUUGUUUUAAUAUUUUGCAAAUGUCCAUUGUGUUUGCUAACAGUUGGGGCUGGCUGUUGGACUCCUGCUCUCACAUUGAUGAGGGUUUGCAGUACUGUAUGAAUGCUUUUGAUGGGCAUGCAAAUACCCGAUUCUUCAAAUGCAGUUUUAAGAGACACUAUUUUGAUAUAUCGAGACCCCAUAUUACAGCUAAACAAAACACAGAUGCCUUAACCAGCGAGUGUCUGUUAGUUACGCAGAGAUCUGCCAAUGGCGAACAUGCAAAGAUUGAUCUAAAGACACGAAAGAAACGAAAGCGAAAGCAGCGUGAUCUGAAUACAGGAGAGUUAAAUGCCCAUGCAUAUCAUGAAAAGAUCCGGUCAGUGGUUUUGGAGGGUUCACAGUCUCUUGUUGAAGCCGGUUGUAAAUGUGGAUACUUGACGGGGGGUUUGACUGUAGUGCCCUCUGAACUCAUGCCAGUACAGGAGUGCCAGCUGGCUGCAUUAUGUGACAUGGCCAAACAGCUCCCAUUGACAGAUGAUUCUACAGCAGCACCAGUACAGACACUGAAUAGAGAUGAUCUGGACGCGCCGCUUGAUUUAUUCUCUUACAUCACCGAAAACCCAUACGACUGUGCUUAUGAGGUCACAUUAAUGAGGGAGAGAUAUCUGUUGCCCCCUCGCAGCCGUUUCCUGCUGUCUGACAUCACACGUAUACAGCCACUGGUCAACUGUGGAGACAAAUUUGACCUCAUAGUCCUUGAUCCACCCUGGGAGAAUAAAUCUGUCAAAAGAAGCAACAGAUACAGUUCCCUGCCGUCCUCUCAGCUCAAGCAGCUUCCUGUACGCUCAUUGGCUGCCCCAGGAUGUGUGGUGGUUACCUGGGUAACUAACCGUGCACAGCACCUGCGUUUCGUCAGAGAAGAGCUCUACCCGCAUUGGGGAGUGGAAGGGCUGGCGGAGUGGCUCUGGGUCAAGGUGACCUGCUCAGGAGAGUUUGUGUUUCCUCUGGACUCUCAACACAAGAAGCCAUAUGAAGUGCUGGUGUUAGGCAGGUAUCCAUGCAGCGCUGACCACACAGUCAGGUCUUCAACAGAGCUUCCAGAACAACGGCUUCUAAUCAGUGUCCCCUCCAUAUUACACUCUCAUAAGCCUUCAUUAUCAGCUGUGCUGAAGCCGUACAUUAUUCACCAACCCAAGUGUUUAGAGCUGUUUGCCCGAAGUCUCCAGUGUGAUUGGACGAGCUGGGGAAAUGAGGUCAUCAAGUUCCAACACAGCAGCUAUUUUACCAAAGAGACCAUUGAAGAGCCAACAAGCACAUCUGACACUGCACACGCUCUGUAGACUAAACAUUUAAGUUCAUGUGUUAAUGCGAUUUGUUUUAAUUAACGUGUCGUAGAUUAUAACAUUUGAUCAUUUAAUAGGUAUAGAGCGUGCAAAGGCCACGUAAUAGGUUCUUUGUCUCGUCAUGCCUGUUAUACAUAAUUCAGACAUAUUAUGUUAUUAGUUUGGGAUCAGAAUCUGUUUACGAACUUCCAAUAAGGAAAAAAUUACGUUUUUAUUCUAUAUGGAUCAGCUUGAUUAAAUGUGCUAGUAUUUGGGUGUUUUUAUCUGGAUACUUUAUUUUAAUGUAAUUUGUAAGAGAGUGAUAAGUUUAUAAAAAUGCAUUUUAUGACUCUUUUGUUGCAUAUGUUUAUAGUAUUAACUUUUUUUAACUGAAAGUUGAUUUUAUACAUAACUAUCGGGUUUUAAGAUUGAAUAUGAACAGCUUUACGAAUAGAAAUUUCAGAAUUGCAUACAAACCUCAGUGUUGUUAAAGUCUAUGGCCAUUUUUGAGGCUACACUUUUGCUACUAUCGUGUGAAUUAUUCUAAUAUUUCAACUUGUAACAACUAAUGCUUGGGGUUUUGUUAAUUUUGUCAUAUGCUGUCAAUAGUUUUGACACGUAUUCAAUAAUUCUGCUGUUUUUUAUGAUCAAUGCACCUACACUUUGGGAAUCAAUUGUUUGACUCCUGUUGUGUUGCUUGGCAUAUCAAAGUGUAAAAUUUGAGUGUUAAAAUUGGCAAUAAACCUAAAGGAAUAGUUGACCCAAAAAAUGAAAGUUCUCUCAUAAUUUACUCACCCUCAU